UGUUAUCCCCACCACACCCCCGCCUUUUUUUCCAAAAAAACAUAACGGCCACAAAAUCACUUAAACCAGAUCAUCCUUCAUCACAGUCAAGAUGUUGAGUACUUGCAGUACUAGCAGAGCUGCCAUUUCCGUCGCUUCUAAUUCUCUUUCCAAAACCCUAAUUUCUUCCAAUUUCAUCACCAAUCCGAGAAAUCUUUCCUCAUUUUCUCGUCAAUCUCUCCAUUUUCUCACUCUCAAAUGCUACAGUAGCAAGAAUUUUGAUAGUAAUAGCCGUAAAAUGGCGUUGAAUUUCUCUCCUCGUGCUUCUGCUCAGCAAUUGAAGAAUCCUGGUGAACUUAUUGACUCCGUUGAAACCUUCAUUUUCGAUUGCGAUGGUGUUAUAUGGAAAGGGGAUAAACUAAUUGAUGGAGUCCCAGAAACACUCGACUUGCUAAGGGAAAAGGGUAAACGACUGAUAUUUGUUACCAAUAACUCAACCAAGUCUAGGAAGCAAUAUGGAAAGAAGUUUGAGACACUUGGGCUUAGUGUCACCGAGGAGGAAAUUUUCGCGUCAUCUUUUGCUGCCGCGGCUUACCUUAAAUCAAUUGAUUUCCCAAAAGAUAAAAAGGUCUAUGUAAUUGGUGAGGAAGGCAUCUUGAAGGAGCUUGAGCUUGCCGGAUUCCAAUACCUUGGUGGUCCGGAAGAUGGAACUAAGAAAAUAGAGUUGAAGCCUGGUUACUUGAUGGAGCAUGAUGAAAGUGUUGGUGCAGUUGUGGUUGGAUUUGAUCGAUUCUUUAAUUACUACAAAGUCCAAUAUGGAACACUAUGUAUCCGUGAAAAUCCUGGGUGUCUCUUCAUUGCUACAAACCGUGAUGCUGUUACUCAUCUUACAGAUGCGCAGGAAUGGGCAGGCGGUGGUUCAAUGGUUGGUGCUCUUUGUGGAUCUACUCAGCGAGAGCCCCUUGUUGUAGGGAAGCCCUCUACUUUUAUGAUGGACUAUGUAGCAAAAGAGUUUGGUAUUUCCAAGUCCCAAAUAUGCAUGGUUGGGGACAGAUUGGACACUGACAUACUGUUUGGCCAAAAUGGUGGCUGCAAAACACUCCUCGUUUUAUCAGGCGUGACUAGUUUGGAAACACUUCAAAGCCCCAACAACUCUAUUCAGCCAGAUUUCUACACUAACAAGAUAUCAGACUUCCUUUCACUUAAAGCUGCCAGUGUAUGAGCAUUGAUGCAGGUUAGGAGCAAUAAGUGAACAACAAAACAAUCCGAUGUGUGGUAUACAAGAUUUUAUUUAUUUGAAAUAUCGAAUCAUAUGGUUUCCGCCUUCCGGCUUCCAGCUGAUUUUUCGACCACAAGAGGUUUCCAAUUUUCUGGAAAGCUGCUCAAAGUCUAGCAGUGUAGUUUAUCAGUCAAUCACUCAAUUGUCACAGUUUUUUCAUUUUCACUUGUAUGUUACAACUGUAUAUGUUGUAUAAAACAUCUCCAUUGUUUACAACUCAAUGACAUUGGUGGAAUUUGAUAAGUAUGCAGUAAACAACUUCUAAGUCCAUGCUGAUAUAUACAAAUCUUUUCUGCCA